AUGUCUCAAUUAAACAAACCUCAUUGUCAUUCUAGAUUUCUGCAGAAAGAGGAGGCCCAGAGAGCUCUAGAAUUACUUGGCUUCUUAGUCACAAAGCAAGAUGAGGGGCACAUAAUGAGAUGUGUCACUGUAUGCAAUGGAAGACUAAACUGCAGAGCAUUUCAGCAACUGGUAGCAGAUUGGCAUGGAGUAACCAGAGACUUCUACACACAACUGAAGACAGCAUUUUCCAUCAUUGACCAAGAUAAAGACGGACACAUCACAAUCAGUGACUUGCAGGAGGUCUCUCGGCUGGUGGGGAUUCACUUCUCACACCGAGAACUCACAGAAAUGAUACAGGAAGCUGAUCAGGAUGGUGACAGAGCGGUGGACAUGAAUGAGUUCAUCAAGACCAUGUUAAAAACCAAUUUAUUUUAGACCAGAGCUAAUGCAGACUUAAUAUCUCUGAUACCCAGCAAGCAUAGGCUUUGUUUUUAUUGUGGGGGUCGUUAUGUUUCUGUGUUCUCUGGGGCAAAAAAUAAAGACAAACAGGAAUACUUUAGAUCCCA